GGCGUCAGCUGCCAGUAGUCAAGGCAUCGGUCUUCGCUCACGCGGGUCGGAAUUGCAGAACAAACAGCGGCAUCAUGCGCACGGGGCACGCGCAGGGGAGGGGGAGGAGAGGCACGGCGGCAGCUGUCAGACACGGGGGACAAGGGUCCACAUCGACUUUGCGGUUCAACUGACUCGUAGACGUCCGGUUCGUAAUCACGCAGCUGCCGCUGCUGUGCCCCUGCGUGCGUGCCGAGGGCUGGGGGAGGGGAAGGCGGCGGUGCGGCCCUCAUCGAUCUUGGUUGGUUGCGACACCAGUGAGGUCAUCUCGGCAGAUCGCCUGUAG